AUGUCAGUGCGAGAUAAGCUAGAUAACCUAUACGAGGGGAUCUUACUAGAGCUUGAUGAUCUUUCUAGGGGCAAGGAUGAACUUGUUGCUCAAUUGAAACAUCAACAAACGCGAUAUGAGCAGGAGAUCAAACAAUUGAAGUCAUCAUUGGCAGCCAAGGAUAAACAAAUUGAACAAUUAAAGCUUCUGAGUAAGCAAGAAGGGAACUUCCCUCAUCCUAUUACUCCUAGUUCGCUCUUGCCUAUAAGUAAAAAGCGUAAAUUCAAUGACCAAAUCGUUGCCUUGGACUAUCAUCAUGAGCACGCGUCAUCAUCUCCAACUGACCGAUUAUCACCUAUAAAACAACAAGUACAAUCUCAGCCAUAUGACGAAGAUCCUGGAGAUUUAAAUGCUACAGAUGACUAUCUUUUUGCUAGACUCCCAACUCAAUAUUCCGAGACAAUGUCAUCUCCUGAACGUAAAAUUCCUGAUUCAGAACUUGCACGAUUACCUACACAAUAUUCUGUCACUCAGGGUAGUGCUGGGGACCCAAUAGUUGACUUAACUCCAUUCAUUCUUACACAAGCAUCCACAGAAUCGCAACCUGCAUCCCCAGAAGUUAUUGCGGAUUCGCAGGAAGAAGAAAAUCCUCUUGUGGUAUCAUCCCCAUUACCGCUUCAAGAUAUUACCAAUGUCACCAAGAAUGAUGAUAUAAACACGGCAACUUCUCGCAUGACACCGCUUCAAAAAAGAGAUUAUCUUCGUAAUCAUUACUCUACGCUAUUCCAUACUUCACCUGAAUUUAGAUUGAAUCUUUCACUGAAUCCUAUAUACUCACAACGUUGGGCUCUAUCUGAUUUCAUUCCCAAUCCAAAAUAUGUGAAACCUAAACUUAAGAGGAAAUUGGGACGUACUUGGAAGGAACAGGCUAAUAUCGAUAAAUUCUACAAGUUAGCUGGUCCCGGUGUACGCCUUCAGUCACUUCGAUGGAAUGAUGAUGACGAUAAUGACGAAAAUGAAAUUCGACCAGAAGCGUCUCAAUUACACGAUAGAUUCCCAUCACCUCCUGGUUUCAACGAAGUUGAUUUCCCAACCACCCAAGAGGAAAUCGACCGUAAAAAGUAUACUGAAACUAUACAAGCACAAAGAAUAGAGAGUCGAUUAAAUGAAUGCUGGAAAAUCUGUCAAAAUAUAGAUGGAGGGUAUAUUUUCAGAGAGCCCAUACUAAAUGAGUAUGUAUUAAAUGGCCGGUUCUAUAUUGAUGAGGGAAGUCAAACUCUAUAG